GUGUGUUUGCUUUAGAUUGUUUGCCAGAGUGCUUUUUCACACCAUUACCUGCGCUGAAUACAAAUUUCUGGCACAAUUGACGCAACCGUAGCCGCCUCCUAUAAUGUGUGUUCAUCUAUGAGCUGGGCACCGCGGUGAGCGAGGCUGAAGUCCUCUUCUGCUCUCGGUCCCUGUUGCCUGCGUGUGAGCAGUCCGCCAGGUCGUGUAACCAGGUUAACGAAAACUCCCUCGAUAUACACGAUGAUACAAUAACACAACUAUUUCCCGGAAUCUUUCUCACCGUUCUUGUUUUUUAUUUAUUUUAGAGUCUCGGAUUUGACAUAAAUUGAGAGAAAAAAACACAUGAAGGGUUCUGACUUUGAGGUUAAAAGUUAGUUUUUGGAUGUGCGUGGGUGAGACCUGUUUCCACACAGAUAUGAUGACAGAGCGACUAUCAGAGGAAAAAACACUAUUCUGUUUUCACAGGUUCCUAUCGGACACACGUUUAUACGGUUUCCCAAAAUGCAGGGUUGUAUCGAGUUUUCCAAGGCUUGAGCCAGCCACUCUGGGAAGCCCCACCCAUCCAAGGAAUGGGGCUUUAGGAAGUCCAGUAAUUCCCCCCCAGGACAGCAGCCUGGGAUGGCUCGCAGGCUGGAACAUAUGAGGUUCUGCAUCGGAGCGGAAAUCAAACUGGAUGCGAAGCUCCGGGAGCUGCUGGAUGUGGGCACCCUGGUGGGGAAGAUGGAGAACAGGAUGUUGACGGUGGUGAGCGGCCCGGACAUGGUCAACAUCACCUACCUCAACUUCAUGGCCUUCCAGGAAGAGGUCGCUAAGGAGUGGGCAGAGGAGCUAUUCAACCUGGCGUCCAACCUCCUGGCCCAGAACAUGUCGAGAGAGGCUUGUCUAGAGAAAGCAUACGUUCGACUGAAGCUGCAGCCCAACCCAGAGGGACGAAUCCCCGUCAAGAAUCUUUUCAGGAUGUUCUCGGCUGACAGGAAGAGAGUGGAGACAGCCCUGGAAAACUGCAACCUCCCGACAGGCAGGAGCGACUCCAUACCCCAGGAGGACUUCACACCAGAUGUGUACAACAUGUUCCUCAGCAACAUCUGCCCCAGGCCAGAGCUUGACCACAUCUUCUCUGAAGUGGGGGCUCGGAGCCGUCCCUACCUCUCCAUGGAUCAGAUGACGGAGUUCAUCAACAGCAAGCAGCGGGACCCCCGUCUCAACGAGAUCCUGUACCCCCCCCUGAAGGCGGAGCAGGUCCAGCAGCUCAUGGACAAAUACGAGCCCAACGUGGCCCUGGCCCAGAAAGGUCAGAUCUCCAUGGACGGCUUCGCCCGUUACCUGUGCUGUGAGGAGAACGGCAUCAUUCCCCCAGAGAAGCUGGACCAGAGCGAGGACAUGGCCAUGCCGCUGUCCAACUACUUCAUCAACUCCUCGCACAACACCUACCUCACAGCUGGCCAGCUUGCGGGGAGCUCCUCGGUGGAGAUGUACAAGCAGGUCCUGCUGUCGGGCUGUCGCUGCAUCGAGUUGGACUGCUGGAAGGGACGCACCACAGAAGAAGAGCCUGUCAUUACCCACGGCUUCACCAUGACAACGGAGAUCUCCUUCAAGGAGGUCAUCGAGGCCAUCGCAGAGUGUGCCUUCAAGACCUCCCCCUUCCCCGUCAUCCUCUCCUUCGAGAACCACGUGGACUCCCCAAAGCAGCAAGCCAAGAUGGCAGAGUACUGCCGGUCAAUAUUUGGAGACGCAUUACUGACAGACCCUCUGGAGAAAUAUCCACUGCAGAGCGACCUGGACCAGGAGUACCAGGACAAGUUCCGCCGGCUGCCCGUGGAGAUCCAGGAGUUCGUCCAGGACAGCAGCAGGACCAAGCUCCGGGACGACCCGAGCCUGCAGAGCAGCCUGUCGGUGUCCUCCAUCAGCGAGAGGCUCAGCAAGGCCCUUCAGUCCGAGGAGGAGACGGAGGACGGGUCCACGGAGCGAGUGUACGACACGCCCCUCUAG